ACCAAAGAACACUGAGCUGUUAGCUUUUGAUUGGUUUAUUUGGACAAAAACAUCUGUGAAUGGAAAGAACGAAAUGGAAGGCGGUGAAAUUAUAUUCUGUUUGAAACUUGUAGAUCUGACACAGAUGUUUCCGAGAAUGGAGACCUUCAUACGAGAAGACUUGCCUUGUUAUAGUUUUCAUGGAAUGGCUACAGGAUCCAAAUAUUUUCAUGAUUCCAUCAUUUGGGGAGCUUCAACUGAGACUACUACUUGCAGGGACAAUGGGAAUAGUGGCAUCAAAUCAACAACAUCAUCAUCAUCAUCUUCUUCUUCUGAGAGAUUUUUUUUGAGUUCUGAUUCUAGUUCAUCGGUGGAGGAGGCUUCAGGUACCAAUAAUUUGAUUGGUAACAUCCCGGGGUUUGUUGAACAGGAUGUUACCAAACAAAUCCAUGCAAGUUGUUUUCUUUCGGGAUUGAGUUCUUCUAUCAACUCUCCUCUCUCUGGAGCGUCACUAUCUGCUACUAUCAAAGAAAGCUCCAAUAUUCCUGUAAAUUUCUUAGAAUCUUUUCCAAAAAUAAAUCAAAAUCCAGCAUCUGAGCCAUCUUCUCCAACGAAAUUCCCAAAUUUGACUUUGUUUUUGCAGGAACCUAGAUUGUUAGAUCCAUCCAAACAAAAGAAUACUGCUGAUUCACUCAGUGAGAAUCAAAGAUUCGAGCCAAUGUUACUGUUUCCAAACACUUCAUUUUCCGUGCCUCAGCUUGGGCAAACUCAUUGCCAACCAAGCGAAGAAUGGCUCAAAAUUAAUCAAACCUUGACAGACUAUCCCACCAGAGGCUUCAGUGAUUAUUGGCUUAGCACUACCAAGACACAGCCGAUGAAAUACACUGGUCGAAGAUUGCAGAAUGAGCAUCAAAAGUCCUCUUUAUCAUCGGCGGCAUCGUCACCGGGAAAGAUGUUUAGAGGAGUGAGGCAAAGACACUGGGGCAAAUGGGUCGCAGAGAUUAGGUUACCAAGAAACCGGACAAGGGUUUGGUUAGGGACUUUUGACACGGCAAAAGAGGCCGCUAUUGCUUAUGAUACAGCUGCCUAUAUGUUACGUGGAGAUUAUGCACAUUUAAAUUUCCCAGAUCUUAAGCCUCAACUUAAAGCCAAUUCUCAGAAUGGAACAACGGCAGCCCUUCUUGAAGCAAAGUUACAAUCAAUAUCAAAGGACAAUGUUAAUAUUGAUGCACCAUCACCAUCAUCAAACCAGCAUAUAUAUGAAAAUAACACAAAGCAGCUCAGGAGUUUGGGCCAAAACCUAUCAAGAAAAGAGUGGCAAUUUGAGUUGGAGAGCAAAGUUGGAUUUGAUUGUGAAGUGAAUGAGAACAAGAAUGCUCAGGAGGUUGUAGCAUCUGAUAUAGAUGCUGUUCAGUUAAGCAGAAUGCCUUCCUUGGACAUGGACAUGAUCUGGGAUGCUUUGUUGCGCUCUGAUUCAUGAAUAUAUGUAAAUAUUUCCCCUCACUUUUUAUAUUUUCCGACUGAGUAUAUAUAUACGGUGCUUAGAUUGCCUUAGAUUGAAUAGAUGUUCAUUAUGGUAUUUAUGUUUCUGCCUUGAAUAGCAUAUACUAAUUGAAUUUUUCUUUUUCUUUUAUUAA